AUGGUGCCUUACUGUUCAAAGCUUGGUUGCUUAACACAACUCACUGACCGACUGUCAGGUACCCUUGAAGUUAAGCUGUUACCAGAAUGUGGUAGUAUCAUUGAAGCUUACGAACUGCUUGCAUUUGCUUACGAUUCAGUCCAAGUUAUUAACCAGGCGGUAAAUACAGAUCCUUGCCUGUCGAUUAACGGAUCUCUCAUCAGUUCAGAAGAUACAGAAGCAAUGUUGACCUGCUUGAAAAAGAUUAGCCUGGAUGGUUUAACAGGACCUGUCAACUUCAAUGAGUAUGGGCAGCGAAAAAAAACUGAUCUGGAAAUUCUGAAUCUUCGAAACAAUUCGUUCAAGAAAAUAGGUACAUGGAAUUCAACUAAAGGUGCCGUACUGUUUGGAAGUGUCUUACGCAACAUGGACAAUCCACUCUCCAAAGGAAGUCUCGAGGGAAGAAAGCUUAGGGCUGUUGUAGCUUUGGAUGCACCUUUCGUUAUGAAGGAGGAGAACGAAGAUGGCAGCUAUUCAUAUGAAGGAUAUUGUAUCGAUCUGCUGAAUGAACUGGCAAGAAAUCUUAAGUUUACAUAUGAGAUCUACGUCAGCCCUGACGGGAUGUACGGUGCUCAAACGGAAAAUGGAACCUGGAAUGGAAUGAUUGGAGAAAUUGUGAAUGAGCGUGCUGACAUCAUAGCUGCGGCACUCACUCUCACUGAAAGUCGAGAGAAGGUUGUGGACUUCAGCGUGCCUUACAUGUUCUACACGGAAGAUAUGUUACUGAAAAAAGCAUCUGCCAAAGAAAAUAUUGAUUUGUUGCAGUUCAUGAAUCCGUUCGACCCUCAAGUCUGGUUCGCUACUCUGGCAACCUUGGUUGUAAUCUCUAUUGCUGUGUUUGUAAUAAACUAUUUCAGUCCUUAUGGAUACAAAGAUGAAAAUGGCAAAGGAACAUCGGAGGAGUUUAGCUUUUUCAACAGUGUUUGGUUCUCAUUGGCUUGUAUGUUGCAACAGGGAGGUGAUAACACACCAAGAAGUUUGUCAGGUCGUAUUCUUGCUGGAUGUUACUGGUUCUGUAUUCUUAUCUGGGUUUCAACUUACACUGCCAAUCUAGCUGCUUUUUUCACGGUGAAGAACGCCGAACAUCCCAUUCAUAAUCUUGACGACAUUGUGAAGUCUUCUUACAAAGUAGCAGUACUUGAUUCCUCAAGCACGUCCGAGUUCUUUGAGACAAGUCAGUACGAGACAUACAAAAAGAUCUGGCACAGAAUUGAGUCGGGGAACACCCUCGCUAAAAAUGUUGAGGAAGGUGUGAAGUGGGUACGAGAAAAAGAGGAGCACGUGUUUAUCGCGGAUGGGCCAUUUCUCAGACUGUUGGCUAACCAGCCACCUUGUGAUGUCUCAGUAGUGCCAGGCUUGAGCACAGCUAAAGGACUCUCAUUCGCUUUCCAAACAAAUGAUCCGCACACUAACGAAUUCAAAUUAGCCAUUUUAAGGCUUCAUGAGAACAACUUCCUCUCCAGCUUGGAACGAAAAUGGUGGCAAGAUGCAAAUAAAUGUCCCGAAGAAGAAGAAACAACGCUGUCUCGAAAGCGUAUCGGAAUAAUGAGCAUGUUGGGAGUGUACAUAGUGCUGGUUGUGGGGAUGCUCAUUGCUUUCGUGACGCUGAUUGCAGAGAUCUUCUGGAAAAGAAGGGCGAGACAAAUCUUGUUUGACAAAGUUCGAAAGCAAAGGUUUGUAACCGUUUUACCCCUCUAUGGUAUCUUGCGCUAUUCGGAGCUUGCUAUAUGAUUUAGGAAGAUUUAGGAAGGGACUUGUGCGACUUCUUGCUGCACAACCACAGUGGAUGUUAUCUAGACCUUAGAACUGGCAUCAUAUAUUCUUGAAAAUUCCUAUCAUUGCUGUUGCUAAUUUGAAUUAUCAUCUAUAUAUAUAUAUAUUGCUAAUUUGGAAUUGUCGCUCUGAGUAUACAAUGACUUACGUGGAACUGAUAAGUUUGCGUCUUCAUGCCCUCACAUUUUUGUUUUUGUUUUUUUACAUUUCCACAGGGUAAAGCUUCGUGCCUUUAAAAUCCGCCCAGGAACUGAGAAACAAACUCAGUAGUAGAUCGCCACAUGUGUUUACCACACACUUGGUUAUCGCGCGUGUGGAAAUACAAUGAAAACUACUCCGCAUUUUCUAUUUAUCUGAACACUACACAAUUUCCAUUUAAGUAUUCUUGGUUUAACAUUUUAAUUCAGGCCCAAAGUCAAAUUUGCGAAAAGGCUGAAGUCUAAAUUGGAAGAAAAAAACGACAGAACGAACGGAGAGAAGGGAAGAAGAUUAAAAGAAAGGAAGUUCAAAUAUCACCGGAACGUGCUCCCUUCGCUUUCUAGUAUAUAUAAUUUUACACAUCUUUGUCAUAAGUGUCAGAAUAAACACUGCAGCAGCACCACGUACAGCAAAAUCACAUGUAAAAUAUUUCCAACUGACCGUGAGGUAGAAUAUCCGUGGUUUGUCUUCUUAAGAUAUCUUUUGAUGCCUGCGGCAAGUGGAGACGAUGGCUCACAACAAGUACCUUAUUUCUCACAAACAGGGUAAAAAACUUCUGUAAACACGCAUUCAGUUCUUGUACUUGCUAUUCUUCUAGUUGAAGCCCUGAACAGCUCCAAGUCUUGAUUUGUUACUCAAACUGUAUUCAGUUUUGUUUCUGGUUUCUUCAGAGAUGGAAAAAAGUCUCGCCGAAGUCGCCAUUUCAUUCAGAAAACUGGAACGUGAGUGCUCUCGUUAGAUGUGUCGUCAGCGGAAAUAAAACGUGCAAAUAUAUUAGUCUAAAACCACAGGGAGCAUGCAAUCUUGUUGAGUAAGAAGAGAGUAAAUAAAGGAAUGUCUCCUGUUGUCAUCUCUUACGCGAAACUGCUACCUGCAUACCGUGCGUAACACUGUAGCGCUAAACCUAGGCUUUUUAGCACUGUGCAAAAAAAAAUUGCAGAAAAAAUUUUUUUUGCACAGCCCGAAAAGACCUAGGUACAAGUUCAGCGCUACAAUGCUACGCAGGACUUGUAGGUAGCGGUUUUCCAUGUACGGUCGCGUAAGAGAUGACAACAGGAGACAUAGGUAGACUAUUCAUUCUCUUCAUUCCCUUAUUUACCCUCUUCCUACUCAAUAAGAUUGCUUGCUCCCUGUGCUAAGAUAUUCAUAAAGAGAAAUUUGAUCGGAUUGUACAAUCCGGGAAAACACAUCGUAUUAUUCCUUGGGAAAUGAUACCUUU